AUGCUGCAGGUGGUGCAGUCCUGGAGCUCGGACCUGAACAGGACGCAGAUCCUCCGGUCGCUGAUAGGUGUGACCCCGAUCAGGUCCUUCGCGAACAUCGGCGGCGGGCUGGCAGAGGUGGUCCUGGAGUCCUUGAAGCAGUACCACACAGGCGGCGGUAACCAGCACAUCUCCCGCACUGUCCUGCGGGGCACGGUCUCCUUCCUGAAGCACGUGACGGUGGAGAGCAUUGACCUCACGGAGCGAAUUUUCGUGGGCACCCAGUCCGUCCUCGAGUACGUGGACACCUGCCUCUCCGAGGGGCAGGAGGCCGCGGCGGCGGCCGCCCCUGCGGCGGGGUCCGCUCUCGCGGGGGCGCCGGCCGCCCUGGCGAGAGCGGGGUCGGCCGAGAGCGGGCUGGACGGCGCGAUUGCGCAGGCCUGGACACCGGUGGAGCGUGGCGCUGCCGACUUCCUGCAGCCCGGCGGCGCCAGGGAGGGCCUGCAACAGGCCUCGUCCAGCCUGAUGCGCGGCGUGCGGGACGCGGGGCAGGCCGUCGUCAUGCGGCCCUUGCUCGAGUUCCAGCGCGGCGCGUCGCGAGAGCGGGUGCUGCGCUCGGUGGUGACGGGGAUCCCCAUGUGCGUGCUGCGACCUGCCAUCGGCGCCACGGCGGCGGUGACCACUGCGCUCCGAGGAGUGCGGCACAGCGUGGAUCCCGUCAGGAGGCGGGAGCUCGUCCGGAAGUACAAGGGCCCUCAGUGA